AUGCCUCCCCGACCUCUUCGACGCUUGGAGAUUGAAAUCGACCGAGCCGAAACGUCAGAGAUCGUCGGCAUGUACGCUAUCUUUGGGGAAGCCUUCCCGUUCGAGAACCCCAAGCUCGCGCGAGUCAUGUACGCCGGAUCCGAUCCCGGACCGGCGGUUGAAGACAUACUGAAGACCUAUUUGCACUCCGAGUACAAUAGAUUCAUGAUCGCCUACGACGUGACGCAAGGUUUGGUCCCGGACCCGGGCUGUGAGAUGGAGGGUGUUGACGAAGACGAAGGCAUGAGCUACGGAUGGAUAUCAGUAGGGCUCGUACCUGACAGCACCUCGAUGAAUUCUUAUGCAGCCAGUGAUCUUUCCGUCUGUGCAUCGUUGAAGUUGUUAGCUACAGAAGCACGAGAUAGGGGUGAGGAUCCACGACAGCUGAUCGUCGAUAAACCUGGUUUUCGCCUAGCUCUUGAGCUUAGAACCCGGUCAAAAGAUGGCCAAGCCAGGUAUAUCACCAAUCCACAUCUAGUCGUCAAUACUCUUGCUAUGUGGCCAUUUUCACAUAGUGAUUCGACGUGGGAGAUGGCUUUUAAACUGCUGGGAUGGGCUGUGGAGUAUGCAGAUAGACACAAUUGGCCAAUCUGGACACAAAUCCCUGUGGGCCAGAGGCCCUUCUUCCAUCAGGCCGGCUUCAGAGAUGUGAGAGCGUUCACCUUGAACCUAAACGACUACAAGCCUCGUGAAUCCAGGGAUGAUUGGGGGACGCAGGAGUGGGUGCAGAUGGUGUAUCGUGCUCCGGAAGAAAGGCGCGCAAGGUCGAUCUCGCCAAGAGGUCGAGGUGAGAGGCGACGUAGACUGAGCUUCUGA